AAAAACGACAACACUUUCCUUGUUGCAGCCUCAUGUGCGUGCGCUGGAGUUGUAUGUACUUGAAUCGUCGAUAUCUGAGAACAGAAGAGAUUUGUUUUGUCAUUUACAAUUUGUUAGUCCGAAAUUUUAAGCAUAGACUCUUCUACAAAAGCAGUAUUAAUCGUAUCUGUAUUGGAACUGUUACAGCACUCCAAAGACAAUCUAGCGAAAAACACAGCAGUCGUUUGAGGUCCUUGACUACAUUUCCCAUGAGCCCACGGGCGCGGGGGAGCGUUUCCGGCGCGGGUGACGCAGUAAGUUCCGCGCUGGGCGGCGUGCCGCUCCUCUGUUCCUGUGUGAUGCUGGAGCGAUGGCGGCGUGCCGGGGCUCCACUUCGAGAUGGUUUUUCACCCGGGAGCAGCUGGAAGCCACGCCGUCCCGCCGCUGUGGAGUCGAGCCGGACAAGGAGCUGUCCUACCGACAACAAGCGGCUAACCUUAUUCAAGAUAUGGGCCAGAGACUCAACGUCUCCCAGCUGACGAUAAACACUGCAAUCGUUUACAUGCAUAGGUUUUAUAUGUACCAUUCUUUCACGAAGUUCCACAGAAAUAUCACUUCUCCAACGACGUUAUUCUUGGCUGCCAAAGUUGAGGAGCAGCCGCGUAAACUUGAACAUGUCAUCAAAGUAGCACAUGCCUGCUUAAAUCCUCAAGAGGCACAGCUCGAUAUAAAGAGUGAUGCAUACCUCCAGCAAGCUCAAGAGCUGGUGAUACUUGAAACCAUAGUGCUGCAGACUUUAGGUUUUGAAAUAACAAUUGAACAUCCUCAUACUGAUGUUGUGAAAUGUUCCCAGCUAGUGAGAGCAAGCAAGGAUUUGGCACAGACUUCCUAUUUCAUGGCUACCAACAGCCUGCACCUAACUACUUUCUGUCUUCAGUACAAGCCGACUGUGAUAGCGUGUGUGUGCAUUCAUUUGGCUUGUAAAUGGUCCAACUGGGAGAUCCCUGUAUCCACAGAUGGAAAACAUUGGUGGGAAUAUGUGGACAAAACUGUCACGCUAGAACUGCUUGAUGAGCUGACACAUGAGUUUCUGCAGAUACUGGAGAAGACGCCCAGCAGACUGAAGAGGAUUAGAAACUGGAGGGCCAAUCAGGCUGCCAAGAAACCCAGGAGCGAAGGCCAGGCGGCCGACAGCUCUUUUCCGAGUCCUUCCUUGGCUCAGAAUCCGUCUUUGGUGGACAGUAUUGCUGGAGUGUCCGCAAACGCGACGUUCCCCAAAGCAUCCACCUCGGCGUCCUUCCCGGUUCCCCUGCCCUCGAACGCCGGGGCAGGGGGCGCUCCCAUGCAGGCCGGCCACUCCCUUGACACCAUGGCGGCAGUGACGUCAAGCAUGCAGAGCGCCUCGUACAACUUCACCGCCCCCAACGACUGGCCGCAGCACCAGGAUCAGAGUAGGCCCGAGGUGUACACUCUCAAACAGGAGGUGCUGAGUAUGCAGCCUGGGGCCUCUGGGCAGCUGCAUCCUGCCCUCCAUCACCGGCCGGACAAGAGCGCCGACUUCCCCACGAACAAACACGAACACAAGUCGGGCGGCGGCAAGCACCCCCCCCAGAUCUACACCCCGCCCGUCGCUACCCCCCAGAAAAUGUCUUUGGACAAGUACCGGGAGAAGCAGGCUGCGGAGUUCGCGAUACAGAAGCGGAAGCUGGAGGGCCUCGAAACGGAAGCCAGGGACUCCUACGUGCCGGCAGCCCAGGCGCUGGCGGACCAGCAGCACCACAAGAAGCACGCCCAGCCGCCGCAGAACCCGGGCUGCAGCUCCGUGGCGUCCCCCAUCAAAAUGAAGAUCCCCCUCGCGAACUCCGACAAGCCCGACAAGCACGGGGCGGAGAAGAAGGACAAGGGCUGCUCCCUGAAGCUGCGGAUCCCCAUCCUGCCCACGGAGAAGCCGGCCAGCAAGGAGGAGCUGAAGAUGAAAAUCAAGGUCUCCUCGGAGAGGCACAGCUCCUCCGACGAGGGCAGCGGGAAGAGCAAACAUUCCAGCCCGCACGUCGGCAAGGAGCACAAGGAGAAGCACAGGGACCAUUCCUCCCACCGCCACCACGGCGGCGGCGGCCACAAGCAUUCCCACUCGCAUUCCCACUUGCACGGCGGCGGCGUCAAGGCGGGGGCCGAUGGCGUGGCGGCCGCGGCCCUGGCGCUGCGGAGCCCGGUAGGUCUUAGCGGCGAAGCGGGCAUCCCCGGCUCCAGCUCUUCCCGGAAGAGGCCGCACCCCGACGUCAGUCACAACCACCACUCCAAAAUGAGCAAAAGUUCCAAAAGUUCAGGUAGUUCCUCUCAUUCUUCCUCUGUAAAGCAGUAUGUAUCGUCUCACAGCUCUGUUCUUAACCUGCCCUUCCCCCCUCCUCCCCCUGUCACAUACCAGGUGGGCUACGGACAUCUCAGCACCCUAGUGAAACUGGACAAGAAACCAGUGGAGACCAACGGCCCUGAUGCCAACCAUGAAUUCAAUGCAAACAGCCAGCACAUGGACUACAAAGACACAUUCGACAUGCUCGAUUCGCUGUUAAGUGCCCAAGGAAUGAACAUGUAAUCUAGGAGGAGGAAGAGGAGUGGCAAAAAAACAGCUUAGGUCUUGUGUUCAAAAAAAAAAGAAAAAGGAAAAAAAUGCUUCCUGAUUUUUUUUUUUAGGCAGUGUGACUCGAUCCUGUCCGUUUCAAUUUAACAUAAUUGCUGCUUCGUCCUCCACACUCUGGAAAAAAUAGUGUAAAUGAGUUUUAUCUCCACACGUGAAUACUAUUAUAAAUACUGUAUAAGCAUGAAAGGUGCAAUUUUUUCUUAAAUAAUUUAACAGUAUUUCCACGACUGUAAACUUCACACAGGAGUAUGGCUGCUUCCGAAAUAAGGUGCCUUGUGCAAUGAAGGCAUGAUUUAACACUGCAGCCGAGAAAAAUGGGUUUGUAGUCGCUUAGCUUUUGAGUGAGUGUCGUUUCCUUUUUUUUAUAUCUUUAUACGGUAUGUAUGAGUUGCAUGUUUCAGUCAUAAAGGGAUAAAACAAUGAUGACAACUGUUUACAGAAAGUGGAGAUAAAUGUACAUACAUUUUUGUAUGUUAAGCUAUACCAUAAAUACUCAGGUUUGGAGCUGCUUGUAAGUAUAACUAUAAAUAUAUAUAAAAGACUUACUUGUAACUUGUGUCAGAGUCCAUCAGUGAUUCAGACGGCAGCAUUCCAGCUACUUUGAACUUGUAAGCUGCAUGCCUGCCAGGUGGGGCACAUUAUCCUUGUUCUGGCCAUCCAGAUUCCAAUAUUGCAUAACCUAGAAAGAGGUCGGAGGUCGUGGAAUUUGUACGCUGUUCUGACCUCCUGGGCUUGAGUUGGAUGCCAAAGGUUGUGCCUCAAACAUAAAAGGACAAUUAUAGAACUAUACAAAGUUUACAUAAUCUUUGCUGUGAAGUGCAUUUAAAAUGUUUCUUGGCUUGAUGCAGUAGCCUAGAUGCAGAGCUGUUAAUUGAUUAUGGUAAUAUAGGAAUAUUAAUGUUUAUUAAAAUUUAAAAAAAAUAAUAAUUGGGCAACUUGUAAGUCAAGUAAAGAUGACAGUUUUGUGUUGUAUUAUUUUUCAGGUCAGUUUUCCUAUAUAAUGCAUUGUUUUUAAUUCCUAAUGCAGAUAAUUGUUCUCAUUUGAUUAGUCCUUCCUAAUUUUGGUGUGCAGAGUUCCAGAAUUAAGCCAAGAAUGUAUGUUUCCAGUAUCAAUACAGUGAUUUUACUCCAAUGCAGGACUACAGUGGUUAAGAAACAAGUGCAAAUCUUGACAUCCAGUUUUUCAUUUAAGUUCUCUAAAUAAAUUUUAAGGUUACCACCA